AUGGGAAAAGAAAAGACUCAUAUCAACAUCGUUGUCAUUGGACACGUAGAUUCAGGCAAGUCCACCACUACUGGUCACCUGAUCUACAAAUGUGGUGGAAUCGACAUGGGAAAGGGCUCCUUCAAGUAUGCCUGGGUCUUGGAUAAACUGAAAGCUGAACGUGAGCGUGGCAUCACCAUUGAUAUCUCCCUGUGGAAAUUUGAGACCAGCAAGUACUAUGUAACCAUCAUUGAUGCCCCAGGACACAGAGACUUUAUCAAAAACAUGAUUACAGGAACAUCACAGGCUGACUGUGCUGUCCUGAUUGUUGCUGCUGGUGUUGGUGAAUUUGAAGCUGGUAUAUCCAAGAAUGGGCAGACCCGUGAACAUGCCCUUCUGGCUUACACACUGGGUGUAAAACAACUAAUUGUUGGUGUUAAUAAAAUGGAUUCCACUGAGCCACCCUAUAGCCAGAAGAGAUAUGAGGAAUUAGUGAAAGACAAGAGGUACAAGGAUUCUCUCAUUGCCAGCUAA